AUGCCACCGUAUUGCAGAUACGCUUUAGCCAGAUCACCGAAGCAGUUCAGCUCCGAACGAGCGCUAUUUUCACAGAGAUUCAAAGCUCAAUUAACAAGACGUAGUGGUCGACGUUUGAAGCGCGAAGAUUCAUUCCCAAUUUUAUAUAUGACGUUGUCUGAAAGGGAAGAAGCGAGAGGAUCAUAUGAUAAAGUCGACAGCAUUGAAGAGAAAGGAACAAAGAGUGGUCGAGAAGGUAAUUAUGCCGUAAGCCGUGAACGCAAAAAAGCAGUGGUAGAAGAUUGGAUUGCGAAUGCAAUUCAAAAAGACGUUAAAGGAAUUGUCGCCGAAUUCGAGAAAUGUGACAAAGAAAUGAACGCUGCUCCAGUUUUUGGUGAUCGCGAUAAUGUUAAAAACCGAUACAGAGAUAUUGGAUGUGUGGAAAAGACACGUGUUGUACUGAAGGACGUUGAUGUAUCGCAGAACUAUAUUCAUGCUAAUUAUAUUCGUUCAACUUGGUGUAAAAAACGCUUCAUUUGUACGCAGGCACCUCUUGAUACAACAACGGAAGAUUUUUGGCAUAUGGUGUGUCAAGAACAUUCGGAUUUUAUUGUAAUGUUAUGCGGAUUGGUUGAAGAGAAUUGUUCGGUGUGUGCUGAGUAUUGGCCACAGAAGCAAGGUGAAAAAUUACAACUUCAAGGUUUCGAAAUCAAAAACGAUGGAUUUGAUAAGAUUGAACUGGUUGAAAAUGACCGAACAUUCACGGUUAUUAAAAGUAAAUUACGCGUCAGUUCACGCUUGGGUAUCCAUAGCUGUUCGCAUUUCUAUUGGUCGCAAUGGGCUGAUCGUAAAGGAUCGCCGUCGUUUGAAAUAAUUCGACUUAUCGCUAGAGAAGUACGACGUUCAAGGAGGCCAACUGUAGUGCACUGUUCAACGGGUGUCGGUCGCACAGGAGCGUUCGUUGCAAUCGAAUUAAUUCUCGAAAUGCUUAUGGAUGGUCAUAAAUGUGAUAUGCCUGAAUUACUUAGAAUCUUACGCAACCAACGAGCAAUGGCCAUAAAUUGUUGUGAGCAAUAUAUUGGUGUUUAUCAACAAACAAUGUUAUAUUUCGAGAAACGUAAACGCAUUCCAUCGUCAUAUCGACUGCAGGCACAUGAAUUCAUCGAAAGGUGUCGCAAGGAAUCCAAGUGUGAUGUCAACGACAAUACGUCAUUAAUUACAAGAGAAAUUACCAAAUAA